CUUUUCACCAUCGGAGGCGGGAGCUGAAGGGCGGCUGCAACAAGGGGAGGCGCUCUCAGCAGCAGUCUUAAGGGGACCCUUCUCAACCCCGCUGCCCGGCCUUCGAGAGGGACCGCCAUGGACGCCUACGUGGAAAUGAACACCAAGGGACGGAUGCCCAUCUUGGGGCUGGGCACCUGGCAGGCUCCUCCGGGAAAAGUGGAAGAAGCCGUGAAGCUUGCCAUCGAUCUCGGGUACCGCCACAUAGACUGUGCCUACCUGUACAGGAACGAAAACGAAAUAGGCAACGCCAUUCAGCAGAAGAUCAAGGAAGGCACUGUGAAACGGGAAGACCUCUUCAUUGUCAGUAAGCUAUGGUGCACCUUCCAUGAAAAAUCCCAGGUGAAGGGAGCUUGCCAUAAGUCUCUCACUGCCUUGAAGCUCGAUUACCUGGAUCUCUACAUCAUUCACUUCCCCAUGGGUUUCAAGGCGGGAGACGAUCUGUAUCCUCUAGAUGAACACGGCAAGGUGAUCCCCAGUAACACUGAUAUUCGAGACACCUGGGAGGGAAUGGAAGACCUGGUGGACGCAGGCCUGGCUAAAGCAGUUGGGAUCUCGAACUUCAACUGUGAGCAGAUAGAAAGAAUCUUGAAGAAACCUGGUUUAAGGUACAUCCCUGCAAAUAACCAGAUUGAAUGUCACCCGUACCUUACCCAGGAAACACUGAUCAAUUUCUGCCUUUCCAAAGGGAUCACCGUCUGUGCACACAGCCCCUUUGGCUCACCUGGUAACCCAGUGAGCACUCUUGGGAAAACAAGCUAUACUUCUCUGCUGGAGGACCCUACCAUAAAGAAGAUUGCAGACAAGUACAACAAGACAUCUGCUCAGGUUCUGCUCCGAUUCCACAUUGAGAGAAAUGUGCCCGUGAUUCCAAAGACAGACAAACCACACCGUCUCAAGGAGAAUUUACAGGUAUUCGACUUCAAACUAUCUGAUGAAGACAUGGAAACGCUGUUAUCUUUGAACAGAAACAUGAGAGUCUAUUCAAUGCCCCCGUGUGCCGAGCACAAGGAAUAUCCUUUCCAUGUGGAUUACUAAAGUUGUCAUUGCCUUCACAUCUGUAGUCCACAGAUCUCCAAAAGCUUAAUGUUGCAAGCAGUUUUCUGAAGAAUAACGUCUGCUGUCAGCAUUCCAUUUGUGUGGGAGUGAGGGAGAAUUUAACCAGUCUUCCCCCCCCCCUCCCAACAUGUACUUUUCAUCUAAACUCUUACAAAAUUAAAUUGUCCAGUGGCUAUCACUGAAGUUCGGGUGUAUAAUAUAAUAAUUUAGCAUUAGUCAAACUCAAGACAGAAGAUGGGAAGUGAAGUAUAAAAAUGCAGCAUCGCAUAGCCAGUGCCAUGUUCAGAGGCUAUUAGCCACUAGGUAUAGAUGAAACUCUGUCUGGGGCAUGCAAUGCUCUGUAUUCUUGGCACUUGGGGGGAGGCAACAGUGGGAGGGCUUCUGGUGUCUUGGUCCCAGUGGUGGACCUCCUGAUGGCACCUGUUUGGGGGGGGGGGGCGGUUGGCCACUUUGUGACAGAGUGUUGGACUGGAUGGGCCACUGGCCUGAUCCAACAUGGCUUCUCUUAUGUUCUUAUGUUUAAUUGCUUUGCAACUUGCAAGUAGGCCCCUGCUGACAAAAGCAGAAGUGUAGAGAACAAGCUCAUCCUAAGCUCUGAGAUAAAGCUUUUCUAGGGGGAGUCAGCUAAAACCAUCUCGGUAAACAAUUCCAGGAGACUGAUCCAGGUGGGUAGCCAUGUUGGUCUGAAGCAGUAGGACAAAGUUGGAGUCCCGUAGCACCUUUAAGACCAACCAAGUUUUAUUCAGAACGUAAGCUUUCGUAUGCAUGCAUACUUCAUCAGACAAUGGAAUGGGGUACAGUGAGCAAAGCUGCUUAUAGCUUGUAGGCAGUGGUUUAGAAUGCAAGGUGGUAUAAAAUUAGAAUCCAGUGGCAAAAUAGUGACAUUAACAAACUGAAAGAACAUUUGGUCUGGAUAGCAUUUGUGUGGGAUACCAAUAAAAGGACUAAAACAGACAGCAAGGACACUGGAUCCAGGUGGGCAACCGUGUUUGUCUGAAGCAGUAGAACAAAGCUGGAGUACAUUGGCACCUUUAAGACCAGGCCUUGAAUUCAGCAGGAGCUCACAGGAGCACAGCUCCUGAACCUUUCUGAGAGUUCCUCCUCCUCCUCCCCACCUACCUACCUUGUCCAUUGAAUAGUAGGUGCAGCUGUAUAACCAUCCCCAGAUGAGCUCCAUCACCUUUUUUCUACAAAAUGACCCCCUUUUUUUGUAGAAAAAGCCCAGUAGGAACUCAUUUGCCUAUUAGGCCGCACCCCCUGAACUGUGUUACUGUGCUGGAACUGUGUUACUGUGCUUUCCUGCUCAAAAAAAGAAGACUGCAGAUUUAUACCCCACCCUUCUCUCUGACUCAGAGAGGCUUACAAUCUCCUAUAUCUUCUCCCCCAACAACAGACACCCUGUGAGGUGGGUGGGGCUGAGAGGACUCUCACAGCAGCUGCCCUUUCAAGGACAACCUCUGCCAGAGCUAUGGCUGACCCAAGGCCAUUCCAGCAGCUGCAAGUGGAGGAGUGGGGAAUCAAACCCGGUUCUCCCAGAUACGAGUCCGCACACUUAACCACUACACCAAUCUGGCUCUCCUGUCUUGAAUAAAACUGUGUUGGUCUUAAAGGUGCCACUGGACUCAAACUUUGUUCUUAUUGAGGGGAGUCAGCAGAGACCAUCUGGGUAAACAACUCCAGAAGAGGGUAGCAGAUGCCAAGGAUGUGGCUUUAUGCAAAUAGCCCCUUGGAAUGUGUGGGGCUUUGCUGUGGAAAUUUACUCAGAAGUCUUAAAUUUCAGUUCAGGCUACAGCUUUUGUGCUCGCUCAGUGCUAUGUAACCUAAACGUAUAAUUGCAGGGUACACCCCUAGCGAAGGUGUGAUGUCUCUUUGCAGAUUUGUUUCUGUGAUCACCAUUUGCCUGUGAAAUAAAUCUUUUAAGCUUGUUA